GACCCCAGCUCCACCAUGGGCCUGCGGGGCACCCCUGUGCUGGCCACCAAGCAGAGGUCACGGCUAGCCACCCGCUUCCGCGUCACAGCCCACUGGCUGCUGGUGGCUGUGGGGCGAGCCCUGGCCAUCGUGCUACUAGCACUGACAGGCAUCGCCCACCCCUCGGCCCUCUCUAGCGUCUACCUGCUAGUCUUCCUGGCCAUCUGCACCUGGUGGGCCUGCCACUUCCCCAUCAGCGCCCAGGGCUUUAGUGCCAUCUGUGUGCUGGUGGGCUGCUUUGGCGCUGGCCACCUCCUCUGCCUCUACUGCUACCAGGCACCCUAUGCCCAGGAGCUGCUCCCACCCACCAGCAUCUGGGCCAGGGUGUUUGGUCUCAAGGACUUGGUGCGGCCCACCAACUGCUCCAGCCCCAAUGUGCUGGAACUGCACACCGGCCAUGACUGGCCCAUUUACGUGAGCCCUGGGCUGCUAUUGCUGCUGUACAGCACCGUCACCUCGCUGCUCAAGCUGCGCGGGCACCCACACCCUACCCAGAGGAAGGAGGCAGCCAGUGAGGAUGAGGAGCGAGAGGUGGAGCUGACCGAGGUGGACCAGUGGCCCAGAGACCAGGCAUGGGCUGCUGCCAAGGAGGAAGAGGUCCAACACAUGAUGGCCCCUACACCUGAAACGGAUGCUGACAGCUGCAUCGUGCACGACCUGACGGCCCAGAGCCCUGUCUGGCAGCGCCCCUUGCGUCACAGACUGGCCAAGCACAGAGAGCCAUCCCCCCUGCAUGGCCUAGGCCACCUCAUCAUGGGCCAGAGCUAUGUGUGUGCCCUCAUAGCCAUGAUGGUUUGGAGCAUCACCUACCACAGCUGGCUGACCUUUGUGCUGUUACUCUGGGCCUGCCUCAUCUGGACGGUGCGGAGCCGCCACCAGCUGGCCAUGCUGUGCGCGCCCUUCCUGCUGCUCUAUGGGCUGACGCUGUGUGGCCUGAGCUACGUGUGGGCCAUGGACCUGCAGCCUGAGCUGCCCACCAUGCUGGGUCCCGUCACCCUGCACCAGCUGGGCCUGCAGCACACCCGCUACCCCUGCCUGGACCUUGGUGCCAUGCUGCUCUACACCCUCACCUUCUGGCUCCUGCUGCGCCAGUUCGUCAAAGAGAAGCUGCUAAGGAAGGCAAAGCCCCCGUCCGCACUGACAGAGGUCACCGUGGCAGAGUCAGAGCCUUCGCAGACACGGACGCUGCUCCGGAGCCUCGGGGAGCUGGUCUCUGGCAUGUACGCAAAGUACUGGAUCUAUGUGUGCGCCGGCAUGUUCAUCGUGGUUAGUUUUGCUGGCCGCCUUGUAGUCUACAAGAUCGUCUACAUGUUCCUCUUCCUGCUCUGCCUCACCCUCUUCCAGGUCUACUACAGCCUGUGGCGGAACCUGCUCAAGGUGUUCUGGUGGCUGGUGGUGGCCUACACCAUGCUGGUGCUCAUCGCCGUCUACACCUUCCAGUUCCAGGACUUCCCCACUUACUGGCGCAACCUGACCGGCUUCACUGAUGAGCAGCUGGGCGACCUGGGCCUGGAGCAGUUCAGCGUGUCUGAGCUCUUCUCGAGCAUCCUCAUCCCUGGCUUCUUCCUGCUCGCCUGCAUUCUGCAGCUGCACUACUUCCACCGGCCCUUCAUGCAGCUCACCGACCUGGAGCACGUGCCCGCUCCCAGGGCCUGCCUCCGGCGCUGGGCCCACAGGCAGGACAUGGUGAGCGGGGCCCCGUUGCUGCUGCAGCAGGAGGAGGUGGUGGCAGCCCCUGGGGACGAGGGGCUGAGCAUAGCUGGCCCCCACCAGGCCAAGCAGAGCCCUGAAGCCUCAGCCAACAAGUGGGGCCUCGUGGCAGAGCGGCUGCUGGAGCUGGCGGCCAGCUUCUCGGCUGUCCUGGCCCAUGUGCAGGUGUUUGUGCGGCGCCUGCUGGAACUGCAUAUCUUCAAACUGGUGGCCCUGUACACUGUCUGGGUGGCCCUAAAGGAGGUGUCGGUGAUGAACUUCCUGCUGGUGGUGCUGUGGGCCUUCGCCCUGCCCUACCCCCGAUUCCGGCCUAUGGCCUCCUGCCUGUCUACCGUGUGGACGUGCAUCAUCAUCGUGUGCAAGAUGCUCUACCAGCUCACAAUUGUUAACCCCCACGAGUACUCCAGCAACUGCACAGAGCCCCUUCCCAAUAGCACCAACCUGCUGAAGGCAGAGAUUAACCAGUCCUUGCUGUACCGAGGGCCAGUUGACCCCGCCAACUGGUUCGGGGUGCGAAAGGGCUUCCCCAACCUGGGCUACAUCCAGAACCACCUGCAGAUCCUGCUGCUGUUGGUGUUCGAGGCCAUUGUGUACCGCCGCCAGGAGUACUACCGCCGCCAGUACCAGCCAACCCCGCUACCCGCCCAGGCUGUCUGUGCUAACGGCACCCGCCAGCAGCUCGACCGAGACCUGCUCAGCUGCCUCAAGUACUUCGUCAACUUCUUCUUCUACAAAUUUGGGCUGGAGAUCUGCUUCCUGAUGGCAGUGAAUGUGAUCGGGCAGCGCAUGAACUUCAUGGUCAUCCUGCAUGGCUGCUGGCUGGUGGCUGUCCUCACCCGCCGGCGCCGUGGAGCCAUCGCCCGCCUCUGGCCCAACUAUUGUCUCUUUCUCACACUCUUCCUCCUCUACCAGUACUUGCUGUGCCUGGGUAUCCCACCCGCCCUCUGCCUGGACUACCCAUGGCGCUGGAGCCAGGCCAUCCCCAUGAACUCUGCUCUCAUCAAGUGGCUGUACCUGCCUGACUUCUUCAAGGCCCCCAACUCCACCAACCUUAUCAACGACUUCCUCCUGCUGCUCUGCGCCUCCCAGCAGUGGCAGGUAUUCGUGGCUGAACGCACUGAGGAGUGGCAGCACAUGGCUGGUGUCAACACUGACUACCUGGAGCCACUGCGAGGGGAGCCCAACCCUGUGCCCAACUUCAUCCACUGCAGGUCGUACCUGGACAUGGUGAAGGUGGCCGUCUUCCGUCAUCUCUUCUGGCUGGUGCUGGUGGUGGUGUUCAUCACGGGGGCCACCCGCAUCAGCAUCUUCGGCCUGGGCUACCUGCUGGCCUGCUUCUACCUGCUGCUCUUUGGCACUGCGCUGCUGCGUAAGGACACGCACGCCCGCCUUGUGCUAUGGGACUGCCUCAUCCUCUACAACGUCACCGUCAUUGUCUCCAAGAACAUGCUCUCGCUCCUGUCCUGUGUCUUCGUAGAGCAAAUGCAGAGCAGCUUCUGUUGGGUCAUCCAGCUCUUCAGCCUCGUGUGCACUGUCAAGGGCUAUUAUGAUCCCAAUGCGAUGGUGGGCAAGGACCAGGACUGCGUGCUGCCCGUGGAGGAGGCCGGCAUCAUCUGGGACAGUGUCUGCUUCUUCUUCCUGCUGCUGCAGCGCCGUGUCUUCCUCAGCUACUACUUCCUGCAUGUGGCUGCCGACCUCCAGGCCACCGCCCUGCAGGCCUCCAGGGGCUUCGCCCUGUACCAUGCAGCCAGCCUCAAGAGCAUCGAUGCCCACCGCAGGGCAGAGGAGAAGUCCCUGGCCCAGCUGAAAAGACAGAUGGAGCGCAUCCGUGCCAAGCAAGAGAAGCAUCGACAGGGCCGUGUGGAUCAUGACUACCCCAAGGAUCCUGGGGACCCCAGCCAGGAGCCAGGACCCGGCAGUCCAGGGGGUACCUCCCCGCCACAGAGACAGUGGUGGCGGCCCUGGCUGGACCAUGCCACAGUGAUCCACUCAGGGGACUACUUCCUGUUUGAGUCAGACAGUGAAGAGGAGGAGGAGGCACAGCCUGAGGACACCAGGCCAUCAGCACAGAGUGCCUUCCAGAUGGCAUACCAGGCGUGGGUGACCAAUGCCCAGACGGUUCUGCAGCGGCGACGGCAGGAACAGCCACGGCAGGAAAGGGCAGAGGCGGGGCAGGAACCCAUGGGAGGUGGCCUGAGCCAGGAGGUUGAGCCAGAAGAGGGUCUGGAGAACGAGGCAGCAGGCCACAGCCAUGUGAUGCAGCGGGUGCUGAGUAUGGUGCAGUUCCUGUGGGUUUUGGGCCAGGCGCUGGUGGAUGGGCUGACGCGCUGGCUGCAGGCCUUUACACGCCACCACCGUACCAUGAGUGAUGUGCUGCGUGCUGAGCGCUACCUCCUCACGCAGGAGCUGCUGCGGGGCGGAGAGGUGCACCGGGGCAUCCUGGACCAGCUGUAUGUGAGCGAGGACGAGGCUGAGCUGCCAGGCCCUGCAGAUGGCCCUGAGGCGCCGAGCACAGCAUCAAGUGGUCUCGGAGCUGAGGAGCCACUGAGCAGCACAACCAAGGACACCAGCAGGCCCCUGACCAUGGGCUACAACACCUGCAGCAACAGCCAGGAGGUUGCGGCCGACCCCUCAAGCCCUGAGGCUGGACCCUCCCGACGCGGCUCCCGAGAACUUCUAGCCAAUGCACGCACGCGGACAUGCACGGCCAGCGAGCUGCUGCUCAACAGGCGCCUGCAAAUCCACGAGCUGGAGGAGGCAAAACAAUUCUCAGCCGGGCAAGGCCGAGCGCUGCGGCUCCUGCAGGCUGGGUACGAGUGUGUGGCCGCCCACUCGGAGCUGCUCUGCUACUUCAUCAUCAUCCUCAACCACAUGGUCACCGCCUCGGCCGCCUCCCUCGUGGUGCCCGUGCUGGUCUUCCUGUGGGCCAUGCUGUCCAUCCCUCGGCCCAGCAAGCGCUUCUGGAUGACAGCCAUCGUCUUCACCGAGGUCACGGUGGUCACCAAGUACCUCUUCCAGUUUGGCUUCUUCCCCUGGAACAGCUACUCAGUGCUGCGGCGCCAUGAGAACAAGCCCUACUUCCCACCACGCAUUCUGGGCCUGGAGAAGACUGACGGCUACCUCAAGUAUGACCUGGUGCAGCUCAUGGUGCUGUUCUUCCACCGCUCCCAGCUGCUGUGCUAUGGCCUCUGGGACCACGAGGAGGACCCACUCUCCAAGGAGCCUGACCGAGGCAGUGGGAAGGAGAAGGGGGCUGGGGAGGAGCCUGCAGCCCUGCUGGGAUCCCAGACGGAGCUAGGGGUGGCCAGGACCCCACUCGAGGACAACGUCCAGGCAGAAGCUAGGGCUGGGCCCGAGGAUGAGCCCUCAGAGCCUGAAGUGGAGCUCAAGCCGCACGGCCUGAGGCACAUCAGCCUGCGUUUCAGGAGAAGAAAGAGAGAGAGCCCACAGCCCAAAGGACUGGCAGCCGGUGGAUCUGGGGAUGGGGAAGAGGAAGAGGAGGAAGAGGAGGACGAUGUGGCUCCUGGGAGAGCCAAGAGACCGAGCGGCUCCCGGCAGAGGGUGAAGGCAGCUGGGCUGCGGCUACAGAGCUUCUGCCUGUCGCUGGCCAACAGCACGUUCCGGCCCCUGCAGCAAUUCUUCCAUGACAUUCUGCACACCAAGUACCGUGCAGCCACCGAUGUCUAUGCGCUCAUGUUCCUGGCUGAUGUUGUUGACUUCAUCAUCAUCAUCUUCGGCUUCUGGGCCUUUGGGAAGCACUCGGCGGCCACAGACAUCACAUCCUCGCUGUCGGACGACCAGGUGCCCGAGGCUUUCCUGGUGAUGCUGCUGAUCCAGUUCAGCACCAUGGUGGUUGACCGUGCCCUCUACCUGCGUAAGACUGUGCUGGGCAAGCUGGCCUUCCAGGUGGUGCUGGUGCUGGCCAUCCACCUGUGGAUGUUCUUUAUCCUGCCUGCUGUCACUGAGAGGAUGUUCAGCCAGAAUGCGGUGGCCCAGUUGUGGUACUUCGUCAAGUGCAUCUACUUUGCCCUGUCUGCCUACCAGAUCCGCUGCGGCUACCCUACCCGCAUCCUGGGCAACUUCCUCACCAAGAAGUAUAACCACCUCAACCUCUUCCUCUUCCAGGGGUUUCGGCUGGUGCCGUUCCUGGUGGAGCUGCGGGCGGUGAUGGACUGGGUGUGGACGGACACCACACUAUCCCUGUCGAACUGGAUGUGCGUGGAGGACAUCUACGCCAACAUCUUCAUCAUCAAGUGCAGCCGAGAGACAGAGAAGAAAUACCCACAGCCCAAGGGGCAGAAGAAGAAGAAGAUCGUCAAGUACGGCAUGGGCGGCCUCAUCAUUCUCUUCCUUAUUGCCAUCAUCUGGUUCCCACUGCUCUUCAUGUCACUGGUGCGCUCGGUGGUCGGUGUGGUCAACCAGCCCAUUGAUGUCACUGUCACCCUUAAGCUGGGUGGCUAUGAGCCCCUAUUCACCAUGAGCGCCCAGCAACCGUCUAUCGUGCCCUUCACGGCCCAGACCUACGAGGAGCUGUCCAAGGAGUUUGACCCUCACCCACUGGCCAUGCAGUUCAUCAGCCAAUACAGCCCCGAAGACAUUGUCACAGCCCAGAUCGAGGGCAGCUCAGGGGCGCUGUGGCGCAUCAGCCCCCCAAGCCGGGCCCAGAUGAAGCGGGAGCUGUACCAAGGCACGUCGGACAUCACCUUGCGCCUCACCUGGAACAUCCAGAGGGACUUGGCCAAAGGUGGCACUGUGGAGUAUACCAACGAGAAGCACACCCUGGACCUGGCUCCCAACUGUACAGCGCGGUGGCAGCUGGCCAGUCUGCUUGAGGGCACAUUGGACCAGUCCGUGGUCAUCCCCAACCUUUUCCCCAAGUAUAUCCGUGCCCCCAACGGGCCUGAAGCCAAUCCCGUGAAACAGCUGCAGCCCAAUGAGGAGGACGACUACCUGGAUGUGCGCAUCCAGCUGCGGAGGGAGCGUGUGGGCACAGGAGCCGGUGGCUUCCUCGAAUGGUGGGUGGUAGAGCUGCAGGACUGCCAUGCUGACUGCAACCUGCUCCCCAUGGUCAUCUUCAGUGACAAGGUCAGCCCGCCCAGCCUUGGCUUCCUGGCGGGCUACGGGAUCAUGGGCCUCUAUCUGUCCAUUGUGCUGGUCAUUGGCAAGUUCGUGCGUGGCUUCUUCAGUGAGAUCUCACACUCCAUCAUGUUCGAGGAGCUGCCCUGCGUGGACCGCAUCCUCAAGCUCUGUCAGGACAUCUUCCUGGUGCGCGAGACGCGUGAGCUCGAGCUGGAGGAGGAGCUGUAUGCCAAGCUCAUCUUUCUCUACCGCUCACCCGAGACCAUGAUCAAGUGGACCCGUGAGAAGGAGUAGGGCGCUACACGGCACACCGGAGAACGAAAGAGCCACCAAACCACACUGUGUGAACAGGCGCGCAGGUGGCGCUCCUGGCCCAUAGGGGAGCAGAUGCCCGAGCCCAAAGUGACCAGCUGCAACACCUCCUCCCCAGCCCGCCCGAGCCCUGAUGCUGC